CAUGGUGGGAGGCAUAUCCCAAGAGAAUCUACAGACUACAGGGGCGGCGUGAUUGCGGAGCCCUGCUUCGGACGCAAAAUAGCAGCUCCCGAAGAGAGAGAGAGAGAGAGAGAGAGAGGGAGGGGGAGUGGGUUGAUUAUAAUAUUGCAGGGGAGUCAUAUGUGUUGGUGAGUGCUCCCUACGGUUCCUCAUCCGUUGAUCUUCUUCUCCCUCUCCUUUAAUUGUCUCCACCAACGGGUCCAUCAUUUGUCUAUCCGUCUCUCUUCUUGGUGGUCUGAUCUUGAUCUGAUCUCCAAUCCCUACGAUCCAUCGGUGGUGGUUUAUUGUACAAGGAUUAACAAACUUUCUGCCUUCCUUCCUCUAUUACUGCCGAGAUCGAAUCUUUAGUAGCGAGUGAGGGCCACAGACAAUCGGACCCUCUUUCAAGAUGGGUGGGAUUGACGAUGGCAUUUCAUUCUUAGGUGAUAAAUCUGCGAAGGUUUUUGUUGCGGGUCACCGGGGUUUAGUGGGCUCGGCCAUUGUCAGGAAACUGCUUGAGUUGGGAUUUCAGAAUCUAGUGCUUAGGACACACAAGGAGUUGGAUUUGACCAGGCAAUCGGAUGUUGAGAAUUUUUUCUUCGAGGAGAAGCCCAAGUACGUGAUCUUGUCGGCUGCAAAAGUAGGAGGAAUCCAUGCAAAUAAUACUUAUCCUGCUGAUUUCAUAGGCAUCAAUCUGCAGAUACAGACCAAUGUGAUUGAUGCAGCUUAUAAGAACGGAGUGAAGAAACUUCUUUUCUUGGGGUCUUCAUGUAUUUACCCCAAGUUUGCUCCACAACCUAUUACAGAAGAUGCUUUGCUCACCGGUCCACUUGAGCCGACCAAUGAAUGGUAUGCAAUCGCAAAGAUCUCUGGCAUAAAGAUGUGCCAAGCAUAUCGUUUACAAUACAAUUGGGAUGCAAUCUCUGGUAUGCCCACCAACUUGUAUGGUCCGAAUGAUAACUUCCACCCUGAAAAUUCACAUGUUUUGCCUGCCUUGAUGCGCCGGUUCCAUGAAGCCAAGGUUAAUGGUGCAAAGGAAGUUGUUGUCUGGGGAACUGGUUCACCACUUCGCGAGUUCCUUCAUGUUGAUGAUUUGGCUGAUGCUGUGGUAUUUCUCAUGGAGAAGUACAGUGGGUUGAGUCACAUGAAUGUGGGAAGUGGAAAGGAAGUGUCUAUCAAAGAACUUGCGGAACUUGUGAAGGAGGUUGUUGGAUUUGAAGGAGAACUUGUGUGGGACACGACAAAGCCGGAUGGGACCCCAAGAAAACUCAUGGAUAGUUCAAAAUUGGCUGAUCUAGGAUGGGUUCCAAAAAUCUCUUUGAAGGAUGGCCUCUCUGAUACAUACAAGUGGUAUGUGCAAAAUCUCCAAGCAUAAGGCCUCCUGUUAUAUGGGCUAAAACCUGGUUGUGAGAUCUAAGGCUUGAAUAAUGCAUCCAAUUUAGGAGUAGUUAUUGUUGGAUGGUGGUUACUUUGUUUGUCUGUGUAACAAACGUUAUGUUUAUUUGUCAUCAUAUGUAUGUUAAGGAGUCUUGAGUGCAUUUGUUUCUAUGAGCAUAGAGAGGUAAUGAUUUUUCUUCUGAUUGUCUCUCUUAUGCCAUAGUAAGGAUGAUUUGCAGUACAGAAAGGCUAUAUCAUUUAACUGUUAUUCU